GAGAUCCUCGUUGCUAGGAGACUAGACGCGUCUUACCGUGGGAGAGCUCAGCCUCACUGAUAGUCCGGGGUCUCUCUCGUGCGAGAGCUGAGAUCUCAGGUCCCACAACCGCCCACAACCAGGGGCAGUUCUGGAAGGCCCCUUUCUAGGGACAUUUUUCUUCUACGCUCUGUAACGCGGGUCGAGACAGGCCGAAGCUUCUUUCCCGGAUCCAAUCCCCUGCCCCGCCAUGCCUAAGAAAGAAAAAAAGGCCAAGACCCCCCUGUCCGAUGAGGAGCAGCUGCUUCUGUUUCAACAGAAGUUGCUGGCAGAGGAGGAGAUGGCCAAAAAGAAAGAGAGGCUCCUCAGCCAGUUCUUGAAGGACAAGCUGGCCAAGGAGGAACACAACAGUGCUUUGAACCUUAAUAAGAUUAACACACAGUGGAGAACUGUCCUUAGGGAAGUCAAGACCAGAGAGCUUCAUAAGGACAUUGAGAUCCUCAGCCAAACAUUUGAACGAGUGGUGGACUGUAAGGACAAUGUCAUCAAGUCUUUAGCUAAAGAUCUGUCCGAAGCUGAGGAGCAGUACGCCCGUGCCCUGCGUAGCCACUUGCACAAUGUUGACCAGCUUUUGGCCCUGCAGAGGCACCGGCUCAGUCUCCUGGAGGAAAGUUACAACAUGGAGCUGGAAGCCCUAACCAAGGAGUUUGAGACAGAAAGGAAGACAAUUAUUGACCAACAUGAGAAAGAGAUUCACUAUCUACAAGAUAUCUUCAUGGCCAUGGAGCAGAACUAUAUAGAUUCUGAGUAUGAAAGCAAGCUGGAGUUCCAGAGCAUGUGGAAUGAUCUCAAAAACAUGAAUUUAGAAGAGAAGCACUUUCUAAGGCUGCACCUGGAGAACAUAGUAGAAGAUCUGUGGAGAAAGUUUCAGGAUGUACUCAAGAAUUACACUGAUGCCACAGAGGAUCGAAAGGCUGCCUUUGAGACCCUGCAGGUGAAGGAUGAGAAGAGCUCCAAAGAGAUUGAAGUACAGAUGAAAAAAAUACAGAAACUACAGGAUGCCAUAACUAUUUCAAAAGGCAAGAUCAUGAUACACAGCCGUGAGAGUGAAGAUGAGAACCGGUAUAUCCGUAACGACAAGGAAUUGGUCCUUGUACAACUGCGAAAACUUAAGGCCCAAAGGACUCAGGCCCGGGCAGCAUCCCAGAAGAACUUAGUCAAACUCACCUUGGAAAGUAAUGCCACCCUCAAGGCCCUGAGAAAGAUUGUUGAUAAGGGUGAAAAGAUCCUUAAACUUGCUGAAAUAUGUAGGAAAUUUGAAACUGAGGAAGAAAAGGUGCUGCCUUUUUAUUCAUCAGUAUUGACUCCUAAGGAGCAGGAGGGGAUUGAGGAGAAUAAUCCAGAAGAGCUUACUGAGGAGCUCGCCAAGGUGAUGGUGGACUACACAGGAAUGGAGAAUUUCUGGAAAAGGUACAACAAAGUGAAACUGGAGCAACUGAGCCUCCAACACAGACGAGCCCAGCUGCUAGAUAUCAAUGGAAAGCUGCGGGAGAUGCUGAAGCAGUACUUGGAUGGCAUCUCAGUGAGUGACGAAGUGCUGAGCCAGCUCAACCCACUCUUUAUAGUCAACUAUCAAAGCAAUUUACCCCAGCCCUUGUCCAUACCUAUAGCCCAUCCAGGCAGCACAAGCCCACCUGCACCCUGGAGGGACCAGAGAAGGAGUUUUUUCCUUGGAUCAAGUUAGAAGAAAUCCAAACAACAGAGAAAGGUGACAUGAUUCCUGGAAAAGUAGGAGAGUUGACCCACCCCUGGCUGGAGAUACAACUUAAUCACAGAACCAUUCCUAGAAAAGCCUCCACCCUCAAAGGUGUCUCUGUCAGUGUGUAGAAGAAACCCUACCACAGUACUCCAGCUUCCAAGACUCAUGGGGCACCCACCAUGCCCAGCUUGAUUAAAGACAAUGGUGUUUAUUAAUUCAUCUAUUUGUUCAUCAAGGUUGCAUGCCUAUUAUGUGCCAAAGAGUAAGCAGAACACUGCUCUUUAAAUGUUCUUAAGUAUUUAUUUAUAACAGGUUGUUAAUAAAGUAAAAGCCUGAGUCGGCAUAUA